AUGGGGAAUAAGCAAGCAAGCCUUGACCAACAGACCCUUGAUGUGCUCCAGAAGAAGACUCAUAUGUCUCCAAAAGAGCUUAAAGAAUGGCACAAAAGGUUUCGUAAGCAAUUUCCAAAUGGCCAAAUGAGUCGACAGCAAUUUGCUCAGGUAUAUUCCGAUUUCUUCCCUGGUGGAAAUCCCGAAGCCUUCGCUGAUAUUGUAUUCAAUAGCUUUGAUACUAACGGCGACGGAGCAGUUAAUUUUACAGAAUUUACCUGCGCGCUUGGUAUAAUUAACAACGGUACGGUUGAUGAAAAAAUUAAUUGGGCUUUCGACUUAUAUGAUCAGGACAAGAAUGGAGUUAUUACAAUAAACGAAUUGGUAAUUAUGCUUAAGGCGCUGUACAAGCUGAUCGGCGUCCUUGACACGAGCCAAUUACCGCCAGGCCAGAUGACUCCCGAGGAGCACGCCAAGGCCAUAUUUGACAAACUGGAUGUAAACAAGGAUGGCACCCUCUCGCGCGAGGAGUUCAUCCGUGGCACCAGGGGCGACCACGACAUCAUGGCGAUGCUGAAAUUCACUGAACCGUUGUAA